AAUGAGAAAGAAAAUUUGACUUUGGUUUGAUCCAUUGGAAUUAAAUUUGCCAAUCUUUUAUCAAUAUUUUCAUGAAUACUGAACUCACCCUGAAGAAACUUACGCCAAAGGGCAAUUUUAUUUUUAGGUCGCUUUUCAUGUUGCUGAUUUCAGAUUUUAAGGAUAUUGGCUAGUUUUUGAGAUAAUGACCUUCACGAAGUAUGGACACACGCGAAGUUUGGUCUUUGGACUCACUGCCAUACAGCUUUUUGCAAGAUAGCAUAUUUCAGUAAUAAUAAUGCGACAUUUGCUCAUGUGACAAUUGACUUGUUAAUUCUGUUAAAACUGGCUUUGGUCUUUGGACAUGUUGGAUUAAUGCACUCAUUCAAUGACCUGGAUAUGGUCACAUAGAUCAAAUAUGGAAGGGAGAUGGGAAGAACAGGAUGACACUGAAGAUGAAGCACUCAAUGAGGAAGAUGACAUUGAUUGGAGGAUGCCGUCAGAUAUUGGUUCACCCAGCACCAAAGCCUCUUCUUUGAAAACACAAUUGUCAUCUUUAACUGAUGGUCAUAGAAAUGAGCCUUGUCUACAGUCCAAACUUGGUCAUUCCAGGACGAUUGUUCACAUUGAUCUAGAUUGUUUCUACGCCCAAGUAGAGAUGCUUCGGAAUCCAGCACUGAGAGAUAAACCAUUAGGGAUCCAACAAAAAAAUAUUGUCGUGACCACAAACUAUGUUGCUCGAGCCAGAGGGGUUUCUAAGCUUUCCUACAUCAAGGAUGCUCUCAUCAAAUGCCCAGACCUUGUCCUUGUUAGCGGUGAAGAUCUCACCAACUACAGAGACACAUCUACCAAAGUGACUGAAUUGCUUGAGAAGUUCUGUCCAUUGGUUGAAAGACUUGGCUUUGAUGAGAACUUCAUGGAUGUCACCCAGCUUGUAGAGUCACGACUGAUAUCAUCUGACCAGGAGAAACUAGCAUAUAUUGGUCAUAGCUAUGAGAGUGAUGCAAAAAUAGCCACCCAGUGUCAAUGUGGGUGUAGAGAACGCUUGACCAUAGGCUCUCACAUUGCAAAGGAGAUGAGGGACACCCUCAAGUCCAAGCUGGGGCUGACCAGCUGUGCAGGAGUGGCUACUAACAAGCUUCUGGCCAAGCUUGUUGGGGGUCAUCACAAACCCAAUGACCAGACGGUGCUCUUCUCUGAGUGGUCCGACUCCUUCAUGCAGACAUUCACCAAACUGAGGCAGAUUCCUGGGAUCGGUCAUUCUUCUGGCAAGAAGUUGAAAGACAUGGGUAUACAGAAUUUAGAGGAGCUCCGAGCAACACAGAUUUUGACGCUUACUGACCAAUUCCCUAAACAGCAAGCCGAGACAAUGCUAAGACUAGCUCAUGGGGUGGAUGAUACCCCAGUGGUCAGCAAAGGCCUUCCACAAAGUUUGAGUGAUGAGGAUUCUUUUAAGAAAGUUGGCACACUGCCAGCAGCCAAGGAGAUGAUGUCAGGUCUCAUUAAAAAUCUCAUCAAAAGAUUACAUUCAGAUGGUAGGAUUCCAGCCACUAUGAGGCUAACAGUCAGGAAAUAUGUGCCAGGAUCUUGGCACAGAGAGAGCCGACAGACGGGGAUCUCGGCUAACCUCUUCCAUAAACAAGAUGAUGCUUGCCUCCUUGAGAAACUCCUGGAAGUAGCAGUUGGCCUCCUGCAGAAGUUGAUCAACACCGAUCGGCCAUUUCACCUGACACUCAUCAACAUCUGCUUCACAAAUCUGAGGUCAAAGGUCACCAAAGGUGCUAUUGACACUUUCUUCAGCAAACCAGCCUUGAAAGCAAAAGAUACAGUGUCAUUACAGUCACAAGGUUCUUGUGAAGGAAAGACAAGAGAGAUGGGUGUCCGACCGCCAGAGGAUGAUAACAGUGCCAGAGCAUUAGAAGAUCGAAUGUCGGCCAACGGUGAGGUCAAGGGCAAGCUGGAUUGUGGAACCCUGAGUGGAAGCGGACUUAAGGAGGAAAAGAGAAAAGUAACCGUGCUCUUCAAAGAGCAAUCCAGCCAAAAAGGGGAUGACGCAAGUUUGAGGACAGCAGUCAGUUUAACAGGCAAGAGAGAUGCCAAAGGGUCACAAUCUUUCUUCAAAAAGUUGGGUAGCUCUCCUAGCAAGAACUCAAAAUUAUGUGAUGGAGUGUUUAGAGCUGCAGAAAAGCAUGGAUCAGUUGAUAGGGAAAAGAGAGAUCAGUCAAGUUGGACUGCAGAUGCAAACAGAGAUUCACCUUCCAGAGAAUUUGAUGACCAUUCCUUGCUUCUUGAAGGAACUGCACACUUACGCCAGUCUUCCAAGAGGACGUUUGAGGAGUCAUCGCUAAAUGACACGAUGGAGGGCGAUAUAGAUAACUUGUCUAAAAGACUGAAGAAUGACUUGGACUAUGACGCGAAACCUACAAUUAGUAAACAGAGUGUGGAAGAAGUAGAAGUUCCUUCCGACAUUGACAGGUCUGUGUUUGAUGCAUUGCCUAGCAACAUGAAAGAGGAGCUAAUUGCGAACUGGAAAAGGGAAAAGAAGCAGAAAGAAGAUGAAUAUUUGAUGGCAACGUCUUCUCAGACUUUGCAUAAAUCUAAGUCAUCUUCAUCAAAGAAAAAACACCCUCCUUUUCAGAACACAAUUACUAAUUAUUUCAAGCACUAGGCUGAAGAAAAUUCUUAUAUGAAAUAUAAUGUGCAAUUACUUUUUAUUGAUUUCAUUGGUCACAUUUUCAUGAGGUGUCAAAGUGAAUCUUAUUGAUUUCCAGCAAAGAAUUUUAUGUGUAGUAUACAGCGCGUCCCAAAAAAAAUGUCCCUCUUAUAUGGGGCUAAAUUACUUC